GACGAAUCAAAUUGUCCCACGCGUUUUUUUUUCUCUCUCAUAAUAAUAUUAUUAUUUUUUUCAUCUUAUCAUUGUGAUCAAUUGUGAUUUAUCAAUCGUAUCAGCAAUGGCAACGUGGUGGGUGUCUCAGAGAUUUAUUCUCUUGAAAAUAAUAAUUUUAUUAACAAUAAUAAUCCAAAUAAAAGCAAAAGGUACAAAAUAUGUAACAUAUAGUUCAGUUAUUAAAUUAAUGAAUAAUCAUAAUGGAGCAAGACUACAUUCUCAUGAUAUUAAAUAUGGAAGUGGAAGUAGACAACAAUCAGUCACAGGAACUGAAACAAAAGAGGAUAAUAAUUCUCACUGGAUUGUCAAAGGACCAACCAACAAAAUUGACACUCGAGGAAAACCAAUUAAAUGUGGUGACACAAUCAGAUUGGAGCACAGUGUGACAAAAAAAAAUUUACACUCACACAGAGUAUCAUCACCAUUAAGUGGACAACAAGAAGUAUCAGCUUAUGGAAAUGAUGAUGGACAAGGUGACAGUGGUGAUCAUUGGAAGGUUAUUUGUCAAAAUGACAAUGAAUAUUGGGAAAGACAAGAUACAGUUGAAUUAUAUCACAUUGAUACUAAUGUUUAUUUAUCAACAUCUGGAAGAACAUAUGGAUCACCAAUAAAUGGACAAGUUGAAAUUGUUGGUAGUUAUUCAAAAGACAGUCAAGCACAAUGGAAAGUUAUGGAAGGUGUUUUCAUUCAUCCAACAGAUUUUAAAAGUUCAUUUCAUGAUGAAUUAUAAACUAUUGCCAAAAAUCUCAUUUAACUUUAUACAUUUUUAUUUAUUACAAACAUAAUUUACUUGAUUCAAAUUGUAAAUAAUAAUUAUUCCAUUUGACAAGUAUCAUGAUUAUUAAAACAAACAAAAAUAAGAAAAAUUUAGAGAUUUUUAGUUGAUAAUAUCUAAACAAUUUCAUAUUACUGCUACAAUUUAUAAUUUUUAAAUAAAAAAAAAAAUAAAUAAAUUAACAGUUUAAUUAACAAUUAAAUAUUUUUUAAAGUAUAUUUUCCAUCAAUGCACCUAGAUUCCAAUAAACCAUUAAAUGGAAAUAAAAAAUUCAACAAUCCAUAAUUACCAAAAAUAGCAUAAAUAUCAUAUCGUUGUUUUUUAUAUGGAUAAUAAAAUUGUUUACCUGUUAAACAACAAAUAAAUUUAUAAAUACCAUAAAAAAAACAAAGAAAAAAAAUAGUAAAUAAAAUAUUAAAAUAUGUUAUUAAAAGAAAAUUAUUAAUAUCAUGAUUGAUGAUUAAAAAUUUAGCAAAUGCCAUUGGAAAACAAAAAUUUAAAAAUAUCAUUAAAUAAUUAUCAUUAAUUUCAUUUAAAUAAUUAUUAUAAAUAAAUGGUCCAAUGAUAAUAAGUGAAUAAAAACAUGCCAUUGAUGUGUAAAAACAAAUGAGAAUAAAAUUUCCCAUGUUGAUUUGUAAAAUACAAGUUCCAAUGAAAAAACAAUGAUGAUUACGAUAAUGAUAACAUUUUUUACAGGCAUUACAAUGUUGAGUUGGUUUAUAUGUAUAAACACAACAUUUAUCACAGUACCAACAUUUAAUUCUUGAUGAUUCUUGAUGAUCAUCAUCAUCAUUAUCAUCAUCUUUGUCAUAACAAGUCAUCAUGUUUAUUGUAAUCAUUUCAGAUGGCUUCACAGGAUCUCUUAUUGUCGUUGUAUUUAAUGAUGAUUUAUAAAUUGAGUACCAAUUAAGAUAAACUUGAAUUGAUGUAAAUAAAAAAAUCAAAGAUAUACACUGAUUUAUGUAUAGAGUUAUAAAAUUAACAAUGAUGCUAAAAAUUAAUGCCAAAAUUGGACAAAAUUUUAUGGCCAUCCUUGACAACAAUAAUCCCAUUUUUUUUGUCAUUAUUUUAUUAUUUUUUUACUUUUUGAAUUAUUAUCUAUAGAGGGAAAAUAAUAAAAUUAAAUUAUUUAUUUUAAUUUAUAAGUUAAAUAAAAUAUUAGGAACUUUUUUUCAUUAAAAUAUUUACCUGAAGCUAGAGUGGGUGCAUUUUUUUUUUGUCAUAGAGUCUUCUAAUUUGUUAUUAAUAUAUUGUUAAUCACGAUUAAAUACAUUAAACAAUUGCAACAAAA